ACAAUACCCCGAGACCCUGAUUCUUACUUCCAGAGUGACAGCAGGUAGGAAUGGUGUCCUGGGGCCUGGGCGUCCUGCUCAUCCAUCUCCUCCUCAACCUGAUCAACCAAGGUUGCGGUGCUGAGAACCUUCAACAGGCCUUCCGUGUGGAGCCGGAUAAUGUCACUGUCCAUGAAGGGGAAACAGCUCUGCUAAGGUGUGAGGUGGACAAUCUCUCUGGCAUUGUGCAGUGGGUGAAGGAUGGGCUUUUGUUGGGACCCAACCAGGACAUCCCUAGGUUCCCACGAUACAGCAUGGUGAGAAAUCCUAGCCAAGGCAAGUUUAACCUGCAAAUAACAAGGAGCCAACUGGAAGACGAUGCCAUGUACGAGUGCCAGGUGGGACCCUCGGAAAAAAGCAGAGGCAUCAUCUCUCGCAGUGUGCUGCUCUCUGUGCUGAUUCCCCCCAAGAGGCCGCUCAUUCGGGAGUACCAGGCCAACAGCACAGUGACGUGGGUGGCUGGCAUGGAAUAUACAGUGCACUGCCAGGUGGAAGAUGCCCGGCCUGCAGCCGACAUCACCUUCCGCAGUGGUGACAAGGAAGUGACGGAAGUGUCAUCCAGCAUCCAACCUGGCUCCAACGACAAGCUCUUCAGCACAGAGGCCAUGUUGAGGAUCACUCCCCAGAGCUCAGACAACAGGCAACCGCUGACGUGCGCAGCUUCUAACCCAGUUGCCUUAAUCCCAGUUGUUGUCAGCUUCACCAUGAAUAUCCUGUUCCCACCACAGCCACCCGUCAUCAAGGGAUAUGAUGGCCCCACGAUAAAAGCCAAGGACAAGCUAGAGCUGACCUGUAUUUCUUUGAGUGGGAACCCACUGGCUACCCUGCAAUGGCUAAAGAACGAUGAAGUGAUUUCCACGAACUGGGAGACAGACGACGCCGGCCAGUUGUCCCGGAGCUCCCUCAGCCUCAGCAUCACAGCAGAAGACAACAUGGCUACAGUCAGCUGUCAGGCCUUGAACCAAGUCUUGCCCCUUCCCCUGCAAGCCAGCAUCACUCUGCACGUGGUCUUUCUCCCCGACCAGGUGAAAAUCAUAGGCUCAAGCAGCACCGAGGAAAACAAGGAGCUCUCGCUGUCUUGUUCCACCUCUCCCAGCAACCCACCUGUCUUGCUGCGCUGGUGGCUGGGCUGGAAGGAGCUCAGUGCCACAGAGGUCACAGUGUCAGAGGCAGCUCAUGGCGGGAUGAUCACAGUGUCUAACAUCACAUACACAGCCCGCCGUGAGGACAACGGAUUGUCUCUGAUCUGUGAGGCCUUCAAUGAAGCCAUCCUCUAUGCCAAGAGUGCUACCGUGACCCUCCGAGUACAGUAUCCACCUCAGAAGAUCUGGAUUGAUGUGCCACCCGCAGAAACACACUUUCGAGCUGGCACCAUAGUCAAGCUCACUUGCUUUGCCAGCGGUGGACACCCUCUGCCUCGCCUCGAGUGGUACAAGGAGAGCAAAGUAGUGAGGGAUGGGAUAACUCCGGGGUCAUCGGGGAACAUUGUGUCCAAGGAGCUGCUCCUCACCACGACUGCCAGUGACAACAUGGCUGCUUACUACUGCAAGGCAUUUGGAAGUUCCAGAACCCCAGCGCUCACUGCAGAGACUCGUCUGCACGUCCAGUUCCCGCCCCUAAGUGCAAAAAUUACGGUGACAGCCAAGGAGGUCAGGCGUGGCCAGUCAGUGACACUUCACUGCAAAUCGGGCAGCAGCAACCCUCCCGCCAGCCUCACCUGGCUCAAAGAUGGGAAAAGGUUGAAGGCAACUAACCCAGAGCAGAAGAAAGCAGAAUUUGGGGGGUUUUCCACUUCAGGAAAGGUGACUCUGGUGGUGUCAUCUGCAGAUCAUGGGACGAGAGUGGAAUGCCAUGCAUAUAGCUCUGUCCUCUCCGAAGGUGUGAAUACCUUCUACCAGCUCACUGUCCUAUUUCCUCCAGAGUUCUCCUCUGAGCAGCCUCUGGUAGUGCAGGCUGUGGAGCACGGAGCUGUCCAGCUGCCCUUGCUGGUGUCGGCCAGCCCUCCAGACAUCACCUAUCGCUGGAGCUUCCUUGGUGAGGUACUCUUGACAGAGGGCUCCCCACGGUACCACCUGCGGGAUGGUGGCUCUCUGGAGAUCUGGAACGUGACCAGGGCGGAUGCUGGCAAGUACAAGAUCUACUGCGAGAACCCAGAAGGCCACAAUGAAACAGCCCUCUUGUUGGAUGUGCAGUAUUCGCCAUCCAUCCGCAGCAUUGGAGACCCAACCUAUGUGGACCUGGGGGGCACAGCUGAGAUUGAGUGCCAGGUGGAUGCCAACCCCACACCUGCAAACAUGUUCCAGUGGAGAUGGCUGAACGAUUUGGAGCAGAGCCUGGAAGAGCUGGGGAUUGAAUUGCAGUCGGACGGGGUGGUAGGGCGACUUCGAGUGAAGGAGGCAAAGCGAGCCCAUGCCGGACUCUACGAGUGUCAGGCGGACAAUGGGAUCUCCCCAGCAGCAAGGAGUAGUGCCCGCUUGAUUGUUCGAUACCCACCAGAGAUCAUCAAGAGCCCUGGACUGAGGAAAGUGGCGGCUUCAGGAGAUGGAAGAAGCCAGGCUGCACUCCAGUGCCGAGCUCAAGGUGUUCCCACUGUGCACUUUAGCUGGGCCAAGAAUGGUGUGUCCCUUGACCUUCAGAGCCCCAGGUAUACUGUGGCUGCAGAACAUGAGGGCUCCCUGCACACCAGCACCUUAACCAUUGCCAAUGUGAGCGCCGUUCUUGACUAUGCCACCUUUACCUGCACAGCCAGCAAUGAACUGGGCACAGAUACCCUUGACAUCCAGCUACUUAGUACCAGCCGCCCUGACCCACCAGCAGGGCUGAAGGUUGUAGGUGUUGCCCACAACUGGCUGGCUUUGGAGUGGACCCCUGGCUUUGACGGAGGGCUUCAGCAAAGCUUUCGUGUCAGGUACCACUGGCCAGCGGCUCCCAGCUUUAGGUAUGUGGAUGUCUUCCCACCGCAGUCUCCUGCAUUCACCUUGAUGGGCCUGCGCCCAAACACCAUCUACAAUGUCUCCGUCAAUGCCCGCAAUGCCCUUGGUGAAAGUGACUUUGCUGAUGGUGGGGCAGGAUUGAGUGUCACCACUACAGGGAGUGAGGAAGAAACAAUUGACAGAGAACCCAAAACGCCAUCUCUACCUGAACCAGCGAGCCCUUUGCUGCCUCUUCCUCUUGUUGGGCUCCUCAGUGCCUUAGGGGUUCUUCUGAUAGUUUCCAACUUGUCCUUCCUGGGCUGUUUACUCUGCCGGCGACAGGUCCGAACUCUCAAAGUUGAUGGAACCCAAGAAGAAGUCAAGGGAAAGGUGAGAUUUGGGAACAACUACGCAGUGAGCAAGUGGCUGAAACUCGGCACGCGGCCAGCACAGCUGGAGGAGCACAGCUCAGAGGGCAGCUCUCCCAAGACAACAUCAACCGCCUCUGCAGCUACUGCAAGGCGCUGGUCCCAGCUAGGCCGCCACACUGACAGCGAGAUGGAUGCUAGUGUUACAGGGCUUGGUUCUCCAGGUCAGCAUGAGUAUGAGGAAGUGAGGCUGCCUCGGCAGUAUGAAGAAAUGAAGCCUCUGUAUGAGAGAUGGUACCCUCAGGAGGAACCGUGGAUUUAUGAGUAUGCUGGUGCUUAUCAGCGAAGCAGAAGAUCAGUGGAUGGCUAUGCGGAAGUGACACAGGUCUACGACCCUGUGGCAGAUUUUCUGCCCCUGGAUGGGGAGCUGCCUUUUGAGCAACGAGGGGAGCUGGUCUGAGCAAAAGCUGCAGCAAGGCUUCUUCUGAUCUGUCACCCAGAAUUUGAAUCCUUACUCAGCCAUGAAGCUUUGCUGGGUGACCCCUUGGGCCAGGCAUCGUCUCUCAGCCUAACCUACCUCACAGGGUUGUUGUGAGGAUAAAAUGAGGAGGGGGAUAAAGAACCAUGCACCCACCCACUGUGAACUCCUUGGAGGAAAGGUUGCAAUAAAUAA